AUGCCGCCGCGUCGCUGGGAAACUUGGGGAUACCGCGGCGUCCGCGCGUGCCCCUCCGGCGGCUUCUCCGCCGAGAUCCGGUUCCGUGGGAUGCGCCUCGGCCUCGCCAAUUUCGACACCGCCAACGAGGCCGCCCGCGCGUACGGCGCGGCGGCGUGGCGCCUCCGGUGGCCUCAUAGAACAUUGAACUUCCCCAACAUGUCGACAUGGGAGCGGGCACAGGAGCUCGCGCCUCUGCCAUGGUUUAUCACCGACGAGGAUCAUCGCGAAAACCGGAGGCGGGAGCACCGUCUCCGCAUCAACGAGAUGGACGAGGAAGCCAUGGCGCUGUGGUGCCAACGCUUCCCACAGGACAUCAUCAACGAGCGCGAGUUCUACGCACAAAGGAGGGCGGAGAGGGAUAAGAGGAGGGUGGAGCGAGCCGCCUAUCGCGAGGACAAGCAUAGGAGAAAAGCAGACACUCAAUUCAACUUGAGGCUAGGAGCAGCGUCGCCCUGGAUAUCCGACGACGAUCGGUAUCUUCACACCUACAGUCAGACAUUGGAGGAGGACAUCACCGAGGAGGAGUCGGACGACGAGGAGUAG